AACUUCUCGCUCCCUCUUUCCCUCUCCGUUGCCACUCUCCGGAGGUGAGAUUGGGGUGCCUCGAUCUCCCUUCCUGUUCUCUCCAUAUUGUUUUGUUAGUAUAAUCAAAUGAAAGCAUAUACCCCCGCCCCCCUCCCCUGUCUUCUCUCUCCGGAGACCAUCAACUAAGUAACCAUGACGCCGAAACCGCUGGACUACGAGUCGCUGAACGAGAAUGUGAAGAAGGUCGCGUAUGCCGUCAGAGGAGAGCUUUAUCUACGGGCUGCCGAGCUGCAGAAGGAAGGGAAGAAGAUCAUAUUUACAAAUGUGGGCAACCCUCAUGCUCUAGGACAGAAGCCAUUGACAUUUCCUCGUCAGGUGGUAGCAUUAUGUCAAGCUCCAUUUUUGCUAGAUGAUCCUAAUGUUGGACUUCUCUUCCCAGCAGAUGCCAUUUCAAGAGCUAGACAUUAUCUUUCAAUGACUUCGGGUGGUUUAGGUGCAUAUAGUGAUUCUCGAGGUCUUCCUGGAAUCAGGAAGGAAGUUGCUGAUUUUAUUGGGAAGCGUGAUGGGUACCCUAGCGAUCCAGAGCUUAUAUUUCUCACCGAUGGUGCCAGUAAAGGUGUCAUGCAGAUACUAAACACCAUUAUCAGAGAUGAGAACGAUGGGAUUUUAGUUCCGGUUCCCCAGUACCCCCUUUAUUCAGCUACAAUAUCAUUAUAUGGUGGUUCUCUUGUCCCAUAUUUUUUAGAAGAGGAGGCAAACUGGGGUCUUGACUUCUAUAAUAUUCGCCAAUCUGUGGCAGCAGCACGUUCAAGAGGGAUAACUGUUCGAGCUAUGGUGAUCAUAAACCCAGGAAACCCUACGGGUCAAUGUCUCAGUGAGGCCAACAUAAGGGAAUUGUUGGAAUUUUGUUUCCAAGAAAAUCUAGUCCUGCUUGCAGAUGAAGUUUAUCAGCAAAACAUAUAUCAGGAUGAACGGCCCUUUGUAAGUGCAAGAAAGAUUCUGUUUGACAUGGGUCCACCUAUGAGCAAAGAGGUCCAACUUGUCUCUUUCCACACUGUGUCAAAAGGAUAUUGGGGAGAAUGUGGACAGCGUGGAGGAUACUUUGAGAUGACCAAUCUUCCUUCUCAGACGGUAGACGAGAUCUACAAGGUUGCAUCUAUUUCACUCAGUCCGAAUGUCCCUGGGCAGAUCUUUUUAGGGCUGAUGGUUAAUCCUCCCAAACCAGGAGACAUUUCAUACUUGAAGUUUGUUCAAGAGAGCAAGGCUGUUCUCGAGUCUCUUAGGAGAAGAGCACAAAUAAUGACCGAUGGAUUUAAUAGUUGCAGAAAUGUGGUUUGCAAUUUUACAGAAGGAGCCAUGUAUUCAUUCCCACAAAUACGCUUACCACCAAAAGCAAUUGAAGCUGCCAGAAAGGCUGGCAAAGCUCCUGAUGUUUUCUAUUGCCUCGGGCUCUUGGAAGCAACUGGCAUUUCCACUGUUCCAGGCUCAGGUUUUGGCCAGAAAGAAGGGGUUUUGCAUCUAAGAACAACCAUCUUGCCAGCAGAGGAAGACAUGCCUGCAAUCAUGGCGAGUUUCAGGAAAUUCAAUGAUGAGUUUAUGGAACAAUACGAAAACUGCAGAGGCUACUCGAGGAUGUAAGUUUGUUAAAGCAUACUGAAGAUGCAAGGAAAAAGAACUCAUCUCCUGUUGAUUUCUUAAGAUCUUAUAAUAUAAUCGCUUGUGGAUGAAAAAUUAAAAUAAACGCCAGAAGAACCAGUUUAUUGGCUGUGUUGAUUUCUCUCUUUCCCAUUA